UUUUGGCCCGCGCCCCCAUUUUAACGUCACCCUCACGUCUACACCCUCCCUUCUAUGCGAUUUAUGUAUUUUUAUUUACCUCCCUUAAUUACCAUAACAUCUGAUUCGGUUGUUGUGGACGCGCAUUUUGUUUCGCUGCCCUUUUUUUGCGGUUAUUGGCAAUAUGGCAUGGACGUUUUUACACCUGUAACGAUUUAUUUACAGAAUGAUUUUUUUUAUCCUUGUAUCUAUUUUAAUUUUGCUUUUGAACAGUUUGAUGACCGCUGUGCAUAUUGUGUUUACACAACUCCGGCCCGUUUCGCCUUCGGAUUCCCAUCGAAUUGUUUACUUGUUGCCCAAUUUGAGAGAAAUCCCGACUUUCCGUUUGGGAUUUUUCGGUGUCGGAGGCUGAGGCUUUGCAUGGCAUUUUUUCAUACACGCCCUCACACACUCACACUCGAACACACACACGCAUACAGACAAUCAGACAAUCAGACACACACACUAACAUGAAAUUAGAGCCCCAUGACGAUGGUUAUGAGACUAGUGCCGAUAUGCUGCUUAACAACCCAAGCAACAUGACCCACAGCCAUAACCAUGAUGUCAAGUGCGAAAAACUCGAAGACCCAUACAGUUUCAUUGAUGAUGACCCCAUGCCAAUGCUUCCUGUACCCCAAGGGCCCCCACAUCUAAUGCACCAGCAUCCUCAUACCCAAAUGCCACCAAUCAAUACCCAACAACUCAUGCCGGGUCCAAAAAAACGCGGAAGGAAAAAGAAAAUCAAACCGGAACAGCCUGAAUUUAAUCAAGAUUUAAAUGGUGGAAUUCCUCGGCCUAUAAAAGAACGAAAAAAGCACGAUAGAUUUAAUGGGAUGCCCGAGGAGGAGGUCUCGAAACGAACUUUACCAGAUCACUUAACCGAGAAUUUAGAUAUAAUUAUUAUUGGAAUAAAUCCGGGAUUGUUUGCCGCAUACAAGGGUCAUCAUUACGCCGGACCAGGCAACCACUUUUGGAAAUGCUUGUACUUGGCGGGUUUGACCCCGCAACAGAUGUCCGCUGACGAGGACUACAAGCUACUGCAAGUGGGCAUUGGAUUUACGAAUAUGGUCAGCCGUGCCACCAAAGGCAGUGCCGAUCUAACACGUAAAGAAAUCAAAGAGGGUAGUCAAAUUUUGUUAGAGAAAUUAAGGAAAUUUAGACCUAAAAUUGCCGUAUUUAAUGGUAAACUAAUUUACGAGGUGUUUUCGGGGAAGAAAGACUUCAAGUUCGGGAGACAGCCUGACCUGAUCGAAGGCACCAACACGCACAUGUGGGUGAUGCCAUCGUCAAGUGCAAGAUGCGCCCAGUUACCAAGAGCCGCAGACAAGGUGCCAUUUUACGCAGCCCUAAAGAAAUUCCGAGAUUAUUUGAACGGAGUGAUCACCGAGAUCGACGAGAACGAAAUGGUGUUCUCGGAGCCAAGGGUCAAGUCAUGCUACGAAGCCGAACCGAAGCCGGACCCGUUCUCGACGGACAUAACGGACAUAAGUAACGCUGUGAUUAAAAACGAAGAUGGUACUAUAAUCCCGUGCAAGAAGAAACGCGGCCGACCGAAGAAGAUCAAAGUCGAAGGUGAGGAGCCGCCGCCGAAGCCAGUGGUCCGGAAACCGCCGCAAAUUCAAAACAAUAACUGUGAUUUUCCUAAGAAGAAACGGGGCCGGCCUAAAAAGGUUAAAGUAGAGAAUCUAGAAAUGACCCCGUCAGAUAAUACAUCGACCAACAUGUCCCAGUGCUACUCCAAUCAGUCCCCAAUUCAGUCGCCCAACACAUUUUAUCAAAUGGGCCCAGCACUGACGCCACCGAACAGCACGAGCAACUUGUACGCUCCACAGCCGACGCCCUACACCCAAUCCCCACGACCCCCCUACAGCCAGUCUCCCAGACCGCCCUACAGCCAGUCACCCCGACCACACUCCCAACCGUUCACCCACUCCGACCUGAGCUCGGAGAUCAGUGCGGCGAUCAGUUCCGAGCAGCUCGGCUCCCCGGCCUCCCCGAUGGGACCGCUGGACUUCGAGCCGCCCACCAGCAUGGCCGAGGAGGCCGAGUGCCGUUUGGGCAGUCCGGCUCCAUCCAGCAACAGCGAGCAGCCGCACUAUCCGUAUCACUCUUACAACAUGGAUCCGCCGCAGGAGCCGCAGUAUCCUUCCCCGCGCCAAAACCAAGACAUCGCUUCCAAGAGCCUGUCGGGCUUGGAGUCCCUCGUGGACCAGAUUCCUAGUAUAACAGAGGGCGAGGCCCAGUUAGGUGAGUCACCAGAGCAGUAUUCCGGCCAGUUCAAUACAAAUUACAACGUUUCAUCGAGAGCUAGUCCUGUUCCGUACAAUUAUCCGCCGUCGUCAGGGUAUCCUUUGUAUCCGACUCCAACAUGGAGCGGCCACUACGAAGCGAUGCCGCCCCUUGCAUAUCCGCAGCUUCCGUACGCUCAAGGCUAUGGGCCAGCCGGUAUCCACGUCCCUAGUCCCAAUUAUCCGUAUUACAGUUAUCCCCAACCUGCGCCAACACAUCCACCUGGCUAUCCCCCGUACUUGGGCGGGUUCUGAUUGGUUUCCGUCACUGUGUAUUCAUGUUGUGUACCUGUACCAUAUGUUCAGCUAGUACCUAGCAAGUCUGUCCGCUUGAGUACAGUUGGUCACUUGCAUUUUGACAACAACAGAGACUUGCACAGGGUAAAUGGUGAUAUUUUUUUGUCAUAAGUAUUUUCUCUAAACUUUGAAUGUUAGAUAGGCCAAAGGUUUUGUGCAUUAUUCUACAUUCAGAUCUCAAAUCGUGUGUGUGUGUAUCUGAGUGUGUGGUUCAUCGUUAUAGCUGUAGCCCAUGUCAUUCAUUUAAAUAAACAUUUGUUAUAGCUCUUCAGGUCGUAUUUUCUUGCCCCAUGUUUCCCCUUCCCACAUAUCACUGCAUCCAAGAUCGGCUAACCACAAAAUACAUUGUAAGUGGUUGAUCGCAUCCAAAAAAACUAAAAAAAAUGAAAAAACUACUUUUAUAGUAACAGAACUGAUAUUUAUUUAAUAAUUAUCUAUUUAAUGUGUUAUUAAAAAAUGAUACUUUUUUUAUAUCUAAUGUUAUAUUUAAUACUCGUACUAGUUUCACAUUUUAAGAAACUCUAUCUUCAAUUUUUGUACUUUAAAACAAUAUUAGUAUUUAAUGAGAAAAUUGAUCAAAUAAAUUUUGUUUAGUUCUAAA